AUGACCAUCCAGUGUGAUCAUAUUAUUGAGGCCAGAAGACCUGUCAUUGUUGUUGUUGAGAAAGAGAGUAACAAGGCAAUUAUUGUGGAUAUUGCUUCACCAUGGGAUCACAGAGUCUAUGAAAAGGAGAGUGAAAAGGUUGAGAAAUACCAAGAUUUGAAGAGGGAGACGAGAAAAUCCAUGGGGUAUUAGACGUGUGGAAGUGGUACCGGUAGUGGUUGGUGCACUCGGUGCAGUAAGCAAAAGAUUGGAUACAUGGCUUGACAAGCUGGGGAUUACCAUUAAUACGGGUUUCCUGCAGAAAAAGGCUUUGUUGGGAACAGCAAGGAUUUUGAGGAAGGUACUGGAAAGUUAAAGGAGGAGAACUAACCCAAAGGACCUUUUAACAUUGGCUAUGGCUCGCUCCCCGCUUGGUGUAAUGUCGGUACAACAUUCACCAGAGCUAAACGGCAUUUCGUUGAUAAUAAAAAUCAAUAAUUCUCAGCGAGAAAUGUGGCUUUGAAAGGACACUACCGCAAACUGGUAUCACCACAAACCGGAUCCAGUCUGUCAUACUGAGAAGUACAAACUGUCGUGGGAUUUUAAGAUCCAAUUAGACCAUUAUAUUGAACACAACAAGCCCGAUAUUGUGCUCCUAAAUAAGGAACAUAAAUCGUGCAUUAUAGUUGAUGUUGCCUGCCCAUCCGACACCAGAAUAAUUAGCAAGAAUUUAAGAGAGAAGACCGAUAAUUACUGUGCCUUGAAAUAG